AUGGUUACCUCGCCUCCUUUUCGCCCCGGCAGCGGCCCCGGCGGCGGCGUCGUCGGCGGCGACGUCUUCUUGCGGAGCGUCCAGCGGCGGUCCCGCAUGCGCAACUUCAACUGGGACGCCAUCCCGCGGCAGAGCGUGCUGGGCAAGCGCAACGUGUGGACGGCGCGGCGGGGGGCCGAGCCCGAGGACUUCCCGCUGGACAUCGAGCGCAUGGAGGAGCUCUUCAGCCACGGCGGGCCGGGCGGGCCGCCCAAGGAGCGGCCCGCCUCCGCCGCCGCCAAAGUCGCCACCGUCCCGGGGAGGGGCGGGAGGGGCCUGCCCGCGUCCGCCCAGGCCGGCGAAGCGGUCUCCAUUUUGAAUGCUAAGAAGAGCAUGAACGUCGGGAUCUUUCUGAAGCAGUUUAAGAGGCCGAUGAGGGAAAUGGUGGAGGACAUCCAGCAGGGAAACUGGCUGAAGUUCGGGACGGGGAAGCUGAGGGAGCUGUCCAAGCACCUGCCCGAAGAGGGAGAGGUGAAGAAGCUGCUCGCGUUCAGGGGUGACCUGUGCCGAUUGUGUGAGGCUGACCUGUUCAUGGUGCUCCUGGUCAAAGUCCCCAGCUACGAGGCGCGAAUCCGCAGUCUGGUGCUCCGCGAGGAGUUCUUCCCCCUCAUCGAGGAAAUGAAGCAGUCCAUCGCCGUCAUGACAACGGCUGCUAAAGAGCUGCUGGACUGCGAUGACCUUCACUCCAUCAUUCGCCUGGUGCUGAAGGCGGGAAACUACAUGAACGCCGGCGGGUAUGCGGGAAGCGCCAUCGGGUUCCGGAUGGCCUCGCUGCUCAAGCUGGUGGACACCAAGGCCAACAAGCCCAGCAUGAACCUGAUGCACUACGUGGCCAUGCAAGCUCAGGAGAUCGACGCGUCGCUGCUGAAGUUCCCCAAUCAGCUUCAGAACAUCGGGACUGCAGCCAGGAUCCAGAAGCAGGAAGUGGAGACGGACUUCAAGAGGGAGGUGGAGAAAGUGAAGGAGGCGAAGGAGGACUCUUCCAAGCAGCCGGAGCUGGAGUCGCAGAUGGAGAGCUUUCUGAGGAGGGCCGAGGUGAGGCUGGCCGAGGUGGAGGUGUCCCUGCAGGCCCUGGACUCCGUCAGCCAGUCCGUGGCCGAGUUCUUCUGCGAGGAUCCCGCCCUCUUCAGGCUGGAGGAGUGCUGCUCCAUCUUCCACUCCUUCUGCGACAAGUUCAUGAGGGCUGUGCAGGAGAACCGCGAGCGGGAGGUGGCGGAGCAGAAGAAGAGGCAGAGGCUCCAGAACGCGGCCAAGCGGCGGUCCGUGGCCACCUGCUCCGGCCUGGACCGCGACAAGGACCUGGAGGACGUGGCCCUGGAGGCCGUCCUGGAGAAGUUCCUGUCCAGCCGCGGGUCCCGCCGGAGGGGUGGGGCCACCGCGCCCGCGGGGGGCAGCCUGGCCGAUUUGGGCUUGGGGAAGACGACGACGACGACGUCGUCGACGACCACCUCCGUGGGGGAGCCCCAGCCGAAGCCCUGCCCCUUCAGAGGCGCCGAGGCGCGGAUGAACGGGUGGAAUUCGGCUCAGGACCUGAGCGUGAGCGCGAGCGCCCGGACAGGGGAGGGGCAGCCCCGCGGGGCGGACGAGAGGAGAGAGAGGGCGGCGUCCAUCGACAGCAAGACCACCCCGAAGGGGCGCGACCGCGCCCGCGACCGGAGGAGGACGGACUCCCACUUCUACCCCGGCGUGCGCUCCUCGGCCGCGUCCUUGGUGGAGGAGGAAGAGGAGGACCGGGAGGAGGCGGAGGGGGAUGGGGAGAAGGAGAACGAGGAGAACAAGGAGGAGGAGGUGCUGAGGAUGCGGGAGGUGUCCCGGCGCGUCCUGCGCUACCAGAGCAGCCGGGAGAGCCUGUUGCCCGGGCAACACCUCCUCCUGGACCCCCCGCGGGGGCCGGGCGGAGCCGCCACUUCGCCCCUGCGCCGCGACGGCGAAGCCCCGCCCACUCCCCGCACCGUGCUCAGCCCGCGCCUGCCCCCCAGGGCCACCCCUCCCAACGGCCCCAACCGCCGCCACUCGCCCGCCGUCUCCCCGGGCGACCGCCUCGAGGAGAAGCGCGCCCCCGCGGUGUCCCCCAGGGUCCCGCCCCCUCCCCUGGCACUCGUGGGGAGGAUGAAGUCCCUGGACAGCUGCCUCCCAUCGGCCCCGCCUUCCCAGCCCUCCCGCCCCGCCCCCAGGACCGCCACCUCCCUCCCCGACUGCCCCAUGCAGAGGGCCCCCUCCCGGGGCCCCACGGACGUCCCGCCCGCCUUCCGCUUCGGAGACAUCUUCCAGAAACGGGCCAAUCAGGGCUCGGCAACGGCAAGGCCGGACAGGCGGGGGGGGUCGGCCUUCGUGUCCUUCUUCAAGCGCCUGGGGGAGAGACCCCCCCCGACUCCUGCCAACGGGACCGCUGGAAUCCUGAGGGCCCUGGGCCCCUGACCCUGGGCCCCCGCUCCCAGAGACACUCGUGACAGAGAUCCAGACCGUUUUCUGUUUUUAAAUUCUCUUUGUUUUUAAUGGUUUUAAAUUUCUGAGCCUCGAGAAUACCGGGUUCCUCCUAUCCUCCUGUUUUUUUGUGUGGGGGGAGGGACUGUUUUUAAUGAAACCAAGGCAAGCGUGCACUUGCUUUGGUCCCAUCGGUAGAACGUGACCGAGUUCGUCGAUGGACUGUGUGUAAGGGGACGUGUUUAGCUGUGGAAGUCCUUCAGGGUUCCCAAACUGUUUUGAUAAGAUUUACAUUAUUUAUUUUCUGAAUAGGGUGCCCUGGCCUAAGGCGACAAUGGCUGAGCAUUUUAAACAGUGAGUCCGACUCACUCACUGUACAUCCAAGUUCAUCCUAUCUAAAGUUCAUUGUUUGGUAGUAAUGUAUCUUUUGGAAGCUGAUCCUAAAACCACUCCGGUCCUGUUUAAUUCUCGCACCCCCAACCAAAACCCGCCCCAACCCCCUCAGUCCACCUGCGUCUAUCAACUUAGGAGACGUCUCCAAAAAAAACGGGUCAAAUUAUUUUUUUUUAAUAAAGUGUGGUGUUCCAUCAUUCUCUGCAUUUGGAUGAAAUCAUUUUUUCCCUCUGUUUUUUUCAAUUCAAGGAUCUGUCUUGCGUAGUUCGGUCCUAGAUAAGGGGGGGAACUUGUGAGAAUGUGGAAAAAGUGAUGUUGUCUCGUGCCUGGCGUCAUCGUCGGGAGUAUCGUGGAGGGAUAUUGAGGACAUCGGGUUGGAGUCGCUGGAGACGUGCGUUUGGAUAGGGACCACAGGCAGACAUUACUGAGCCUCCGGUCACUAACUUGGUAAAACUUGUUCUGAGGUGCGCAGAUUUUCGAUGCCCGUUGGUAUGCAGUUGCUUUUGUUUGUUAUUGGAUAAUUGUUCACUGAGCACUUUUAAAAUUGGACAGAAACCCCCUUCUCCCUUUCACAUCGUGGAGAAUACACAGAUUUAAGUGGGUCAGUCUUAAAUCAGCGAAUUGUAUUCACACACUCGUUCUGCUGGAUCCUAAUAGAGGUGGCACCCAUUUUUUUUCCUUUUCUUUUUGUAAAAUUUAUUUUGGACUUUGGGGGAAAAAUCUGCUCCCUGUAACAAACGUGCUGCCUUUUUUUAUUAAAAAGCAUUCAUGUCCCAAUGA